UCAGCUCUAGUCAAGCACUUCAACGUUCCUAGACGUCGAUAUGGCUGCAGCUCGUUUUUCGCGGUCCAUCCCUUUGGAAGAUUAUAUGCAAGCUCCAGCUGCUUCUGGAGUUUACGAAAUUGGAUAUAUUCGUGGACAACGAUUUACUCGGCUCUACGGUGGAGAGAGCGAAGUCUCCAUUCGAGUACGACUUCGUGAACAUUAUAAACAGCGCGGAAAUAAAGACAUCGGAGAGCGUGUUGCUCGAGGAGAAACCCUGCGAUGUCACUGGAAGCUUAGUGAAAAUCCACUAUGCGUUGAAGCGAAGUUGCAACAGCGCUAUCGCUACCCAGACAACAAAAAACAGGAGAGCGUCAAGACACGGUGCUACAAAAAGUAACUGAAGAUCGCUCGCUUGCUUGCUUAAUUAAUCGCGUAUCCAGACGUUAUUUAGUUAGUAAUUAGAGUGCAAAACCAUUGACAAACGUGUAUCUACACUUUUACUGAUGCGACGUAUAGAAAUUAGUAAAAUAACCACACUUAGUACCGUUGAUUGUAAACCUAUGUGUCUUCUAUUCGAGGUACAGUGACAGUACUUGUCCAGACAUGUCUAAUUAAUUAAUACAUG